AUGGCUAGGAGCAAGAGAAAAGCAUCAUACCGCCGCCUCAUUCUUGACAACACCGAGGACAUCGACGAUUUUGAACCCAUGGAAGAAGAGACCACGACACCGCUUGCAACCAAAAAUACCGCCGGUAGUUCCAAAGCCGAGAGUGUUCUUGGGCUUCCCACAUCCAAAGGCUGGAAAAAUAACGGUGACGGUGUUUGGCCCGAUAUUCGUGUAGAGGUUCCCGAAUAUCCAGGUGGGCUGAAUUUGCAGCAUAGCAUAGAGUACUGGCUGACUUUAGAUCUCUUGAGCUCGGAAUUCGCUGAUAAUAAUUUGAAAGGGCGCAGUGCAAAGCGAGUAAAGAACGCUAGUGAAGCCGAUGUUAUUUUUGUUCCCUUUUUUUCGUCAAUAAGCUAUAACCGGGGCUCGAAGUUGAAGCCUGGUCAGGAAAGGAGUAGUAAUAUUGUAUUGCAGGAGAAAUUGGUCAAAUAUUUGACGACCCAGGAGGAAUGGAAGAAAACCGGGGGAAUUAAUCAUGUGAUUGUUGCUCAUCAUCCGAAUAGCCUUUUGAAUGCAAGGAUGAAGCUGUGGCCCGCGAUGUUUAUUCUGGCGGAUUUUGGGAGGUAUCCCCCGACCAUUGCAAAUGUCAAGAAAGACGUUAUUGCUCCUUACAGGCACAUUAUCAGGAAUUACGUGAAUGACUCGUCUGAUUUUGAUAGUCGUCCAACCUUGUUGUAUUUUCAAGGAGCUGUAUAUAGAAAAGAUGGAGGAACAAUCCGGCAAGAGCUAUACUACAUGCUACAGAACGAGUCAGACGUGCACUUCUCUUUUGGAACCUUCCAGAACCACGGGGUCCAUCAGGCCUCCAAAGGCAUGCGCUCGUCCAAAUUCUGCCUCAACAUAGCUGGCGACACCCCCUCGUCUAACCGUCUUUUCGAUGCCAUUGUCAGCCACUGUGUGCCCGUCAUCAUAAGCGACGAUAUUGAACUUCCCUACGAAGACAUUCUCGACUACUCCGAAUUCUGCGUGUUUGUCCGGACUUCAGACGCCCUAAAGGAAAACUUCCUGCUCAACCUCACAAGGAGUGUCGAUAAAGAGGAGUGGACGAGAAAGUGGGACCGACUGAAAGAGAUCGAGCAGUUUUACGAGUAUCAGUACCCUUCGAGAGAGAACGACGCCGUUCAGAUGAUCUGGCAGGCGAUUUAUAGGAAGGUUUUUGCAGUUAGGAGGAAAAUUCACCAGGGCAGGCGUUUUUCGCGAACAAGUGUUGCAAUGGAGAGGCCUAUGGGGUCAGUCCCCAUGCCCAAGGAGUUUGGACGGUAA